AUGGAUGAACGUGGUAAAAAAUCUCGUAAAUAUUGUCGAUUAAUAUUGUAUACGUUUGGUCGAAUAGCACGAAUAAGUAAACAGAUAAAUAAACAUUUAUCAUUUCAUUUACUAAUAUGGCUUAUAAUGCAAUCAUUAAAUAUAACAUUAAUAUUUUGUAUUGCAAGAUUAACUACAAAUAAUAGUAAUUUUUUUCUUAUAUUACGUAUAUUUUUAUUCGGUAGUUAUAUUGGUUUAAUAUCAAAAUUGAAUGAAAAUAUUUCAAUACGAUUAAAAAAUAUUUGUAAAAUAUUAUUACAACCAUAUUGGAAAUUAAUCAAUCAACAACAAUUAUCGAUGAAUAAUAAUCGAUUAAUGUUUAAUGAUGAAACAUUGAUUAUUCGUCAAUUUGAUCCAAUACGUUUAUAUCAAUUAACAAAUAUUUAUGAACAAGAUUUUCAAAUGUCCAUUUAUCAAUUUACAAAUAUUGAUUUUUCAUUUUUAAUUACAUUAACAUUAUUUAUUAUUGAAUAUGGUGUAUUUAUUGUACAAACUAGUUUAUAA